UACCGCAUUAAAAAACAUUAAUUUAAUCACAUACAAUUUUGACCUAAUGAUAAAAGAGCAGAUAACUUGUGACUUUGACUCGAGCUUCCUACGGCCCCUUCUAUACCUCAGCCUCUCUCUUUAGAGGGAAGUAGCCCAUUACUUAGUACAGUCUGCAGCACAAUUCAAACAAUCCACUAAUUUUCUUUUUAUCACUACCUCUUCCACUCCUCCAGCUAAAUAAUUAUCUAAAUAAAAUAUUUACAAUAUCCCAAACAUACUAAUCAAAUCUUCCGAAAAUUUCUUCCCAAAAUUACUUCUCCGAAAGAACAUUGAUAAUAAAAGCGGAAAUAAAUACCCGCUAGAUAAAAUAAUUCGAUAGUUAGUACCUCUUUGAUGUGUGAGUCUAAUGAGUUUAUAAAUUGAACCAGUGGUGACUCGUGACGCCUGCGAAUUGCUGCGUGACUCAGUCCACCAUUGACAAUGGUGUGGUGCACAUUCAUUCAUACAUUUUUUAUAAUCAACAAUGUGUAAUUGACUGGUGGAAAUUUUAAAGUGAUCUUCUGUAAUUGAAAGUGAUUUUUUUACGGGAAUUAUUUAAUAAAAUAAUUAUGGCGAGUUCCGGAAAAAAAGAGGAAGAUAAUCAGCACAGACAUCGACAUCAUCAUCCAGAUGCCGCUGUUUUGGAUGGAAAUGAAGAAGAUGUUGAUAAAGAGUGGGAAGAUUUCACUCGUUUGAUGUCCAAAUUAAGGGACAGUCGGUCCAAUCGACCAAAUAGACCUUCUCAGGCAUUCUACCCCUGCCCGCCACCCAAAGAAGAUGACCAGCAAGAGUUUGAUCCCUUUGAUUAUCUUAACACUAUUAUGUAUGGUCGCUAUACGAAGGACCUGGGUGAAUUCGCAAAGGAAGAAGCACGGAAACUUAAGUCCCACGAUAAGGCCCGAAGAAAGCUGGACAAGGUCAGAGCUGAAGACUUGAGAAAAUCACGACGUGGACCAGUAUGUCGGAAAGCCGUAGCGUUGUUAGCUUUCAUCUGGAAGCACACUGGAGCGAGGUUGGGUGAAGAUUGGGUGUUCCUGGCUCUGCUUGGAAUCAUAAUGGCGCUGAUCAGCUACGCGAUGGACCGCGGAAUAUCCAUGUGCAACAACGCCAGGAUAUGGCUGUAUCAAGACUUGACGUCGCAUCCGGCGUUGCAGUACCUGGCAUGGGUGUCCUUACCAGUGUGUCUGAUCCUUUUCAGCGCGGGGUUCGUCCACAUAGUAGCUCCUCAGAGUAUCGGGUCAGGGAUUCCCGAAAUGAAGACCAUUUUAAGAGGAGUCGCCUUGAAGGAAUACUUGACCUUCAGGACCUUGGUAGCGAAAGUUAUCGGCUUAACAGCUACCCUAGGCUCAGGAUUGCCUCUAGGAAAGGAAGGUCCGUUCGUCCACAUCGCCAGUAUCGUAGCAACCUUGCUGUCCAAAUUAGUAACCAGUUUCCAAGGAAUCUACGAAAACGAGAGCCGUAACUGCGAAAUGUUAGCCGCAGCGUGUGCUGUUGGAGUAGCUUCGUGUUUCGCGGCUCCAAUUGGAGGUGUCCUGUUUAGCAUCGAAGUAACUACCGUCUACUUCGCGGUAAGAAACUACUGGCGAGGAUUCUUCGCUGCGGUUUGCGGAGCGACCAUGUUCAGGCUGCUAGCAAUCUGGUUCCAGAGGGAAGAAACGAUAACCGCAAUGUUUGCAACCAACUUCACGAUGGAUUUCCCGUUUGACCCUCAAGAAUUGUUCAUUUUUGCCCUAAUUGGGGUGGGCAGUGGAUUAGGUGGCGCUUUUUACGUCUGGUUGCACCGACAGUACGUUAUAUUCAUGCGGAAGAACAAGAGUAUGAACUUGUUCCUACAAAAGAACCGAUUUCUGUACCCAGGAAUCGUUUCGCUGAUGGUAGCUUCGGUGUCCUUCCCAAUGGGACUGGGCCAGUUCAUGGCAGGGGAGCUCAACACCCACAAUCAGGUCCAAGGACUCUUCACCAACUUCACCUGGACCAAGUCCGGACUCAGUGUCGAAGAAAUGAGCGUAGUUCAACAUUGGUCCACUCCAUAUUCUGAUGUCUUCGUGGGACUGUUUGCUUACGCGUUGUUCACCUUUGUGUUUUCGAUUAUAUGCUCGACAGUUCCUGUACCUUCGGGGAUCUUCAUUCCGGUGUUCAAGAUUGGCGCCGCUUUGGGGCGGGCUGUUGGUGAAGCAAUGGCUCUUUCUUUUCCCAACGGGGUCAGAUAUGGCAGAUUCAACACUCCUAUCACUCCAGGAGGGUACGCAACUGUUGGAGCUGCAGCAUUUUCAGCGGGAGUGACCCACACCAUAUCCGUAAGCGUUAUAGUUUUUGAAAUGACCGGGCAAAUCACUCACAUUGUUCCAAUAAUGAUCGCCGUGCUGAUUAGCAACGCCAUUGCAGCAUUACUUCAGCCGAGCAUAUACGACAGUAUUAUUCUCAUUAAAAAACUACCUUAUCUGCCAGAUUUAUUGCCCUCGAGUUCAGGCAUGUACAACAUCUACGUAGAAGACUUCAUGGUCAGGGACGUUAAGUACAUCUACCACGGCAUCAGCUACCAGAAGCUCAAAGACACCUUAAAGGAAAACCGCAAGCUCCGGGGAUUCCCAUUAGUCGACAAUCCAGCCUCCAUGAUCCUCCUCGGCUCGAUCCAGAGAUUAGAACUGAUAAAGCUGAUCGAAAAGCAGAUCGGCCGGGAAAGGAGGCUCCAGGUGGCUCAAAAGCUUCAUAAAGAAGCCGAAGAACGCGCUAAGGAAGAAAUGGAAAGGCAAUUAAGAGAUCCGGAGCGAACUAGGCGGCCAUCGCGCUUUGAAGUGAUUCCAGCUCCGGAUAUUCUGAAGAUGCAGAGGCAAAGUGUCAGUGACUUGACGAAUGUAGAUCAUCACAUAUUUCACACUCCGUGCUUCGGAACUCAGCCCAAAAAGUCCAUCCUUAAGAAAACCAACUCAUUUACACUCAAAGGAUUCAGUCCGUUGGUAAGUCCAGCGAUGACUCCCUACACCACAGUCACUGGUGCUGAGAGCAGGAUCAGGUUGGCCUUUGAAGCCAUCUUCCGCAAGUCUGCUACGCUUCAAGAUGUCGAUCCUGAUCCAGAAGUUGGAACUGUUGAUGGAACCAGGAGGGACAGUUCUGAUGAAGCUAAUAUUCCGCCACAUACUCCUAUGUUGGCGCCCAGUCCUGCUACUUCCAAGAAGGUCCAGUUGCCGAGGGAAAGGGUGAUAGAUAUGUCCCCGGAAGACCAGAAACGGUGGGAAGAAAGCGAAAUGGCGGCUGAUGUUGACUUCUCUAGGUGUCAUAUUGAUCCAGCUCCUUUUCAAUUGGUGGAAAGAACUUCGCUGCUCAAAGUUCAUAGUCUUUUUAGCAUGGUAGGCGUUAAUCAUGCUUAUGUGACUGCUAUUGGGAGACUUGUUGGUGUUGUGGCGCUUAAAGAGUUAAGAAAAGCAAUCGAAGACGCGAAUUCAGGUAUACCACCAGUCCACGCAGACAUAAACCCAACAGUAUCAGUGUCCAGUCUAACCAAAAGUGACGCUGAAACGGAAAUCCUAAAGGACGAAGAUAAACUAAACUCUAUAAGCGUAAUCACAGACGACAAAUCUAAGGUUGAAAACGUCUAAGGUUGAAAAGUAGAGCCAGGAAGCUUGCGUUUUUUCUUUAUUCAAUUCAAAUUAGAGGUUAACUGCGAAAGUUCUGGCCCUAUUUAUGAUAAAUAAAUACUUUUAUGCAAUUAAAUGCAAUGUUUAUAAGUUUAUCGUUGUAAUUAUUAACAUUAAUUAUUGUGAUAGUCUCGUCAAUCUAGGGACGUGACCAUUAAUACAAAGUGAUCUAUGGAUUGCUAUAUAUUUUUAUUUUUUUUGUUUAAGUAGGAUUUUACGGCUGGCCGUAGCCCAAAUUAGAUAUUUAUUUUUAUUAAUACAUUUACGAGGAUUUUACAUAUUAAUUUUAAAUAUUAAUAUGUAUUGUGUAUUUAUUGAGGAGACUAAUUUUAAAGGCCACAUAUUUUGUAAGCAAAAUGGACCCGUAAUUUAUGCUCAAAAAAAUUAAAUUGUUAUGCACAAUUUUCGAUCAAAUAUACGCCAUUUUGCUUAAUUUCGACAAAAUAUCCAAACAUUGUGACCAAGUUGUGCCAAUAUAAUCAAACGCAAUAAAUAUAGUUAAUAAAUAAUUAUAACUUAUAAAUACCGUUUAAAAUCCAACAUUCCAUCUGUCUAAAAUCUAGACCGGUAAUAAUGCUAUCAAAUAUAUUAUAUUGAACUGAACAAAUUCAACUGCGUAAAAUGUACAUAAAAUUAUAAAUAAACUAAACACAAUUGUUAAUUAGUAAUGUAAUUUUGUAAAUAUUGUAUAGUUGUGUACGGAAAUCUUAAAAUGAAAAUGCAAAAAAAAGACAAUACAAA